UACCGUUAAUGAAAAUACUCUCCAAAACCCAAAAGCCCAAAACCUAAAAGUCCAGAAUUUGUUGCUUUUUCCUUUCGCCAAGCCAAAAAAGAUGAGAAAGAGAAUAGUGCGGCCAAAACCAAACACUCAUACCUUCCUUCCAAGAAAUUCAAAGCACAUCCCCACCACCACAGCCACCACCACCGGCAGCUGUAAAACCCAACUCCUCUCUCUCUCUCUCUCUCUCUCUCUCUCUCUCUCUCUCUCUCUCUCGAUUGCAGAAAUCGAGCUAAUCGAAGCGUUUUUCUCACUCUUAUGUUCUCUCUCUGACCCAAUCUCAAGAGACUUUUGAGGGAGGGAGAGGGAAAGAGGUGCUGGGGUUUGUAAUUUCAUUGCAGAAAUUUCCAGAUGCCAGAGAUGGAUGGGUCGUCGAAACCCCCACAAAUCUCUGAAAUGUUUCAGAAAUUCGCACUCGCUUUCAAGACCAAGACGUUUGAAUUCUUCGCCGACGAGGAUGCCGACCCCUCCGCCGCUAACGCCGGUGGGGAAGACUCCGACGGCUUCGCCCUCCUUGACUCCGCCGAAGAAUUCAUCACCAACCAGAAAGUCGUAGUCAUCAAACCUGACUCUUCCUUCAAACCCGCGCCGCCGACAUCAAUGGUCGAACCACUGCCGAACCUUUCAUCACCCCCAUCGACGGCCGCAAAACCGCAGACCAAAUUGUCAACCCAAUUGACGCCACCGCCGUCAAUGGCCCCUAAACCACCUACCAAAUUGUCUUCUCCACCAUCAAUGACCCCAAAGCCGCCAACCCAGAAAAGACCCAUUGAUGCUCAGAUUACGCAAACUCUUCUAUCUUCGAUGUUUGCCACAAUUUCGUCUUUCAAAGCUUCUUACCUUCAGUUGCAAACCGCUCAUGCUCCUUUUGAUGAAGAAGGCAUGAAGGCGGCCGAUCGAGCUAUUCUCUCGCACCUCAAAAAAUUGUCUGACAUGAAGCAAUUCUACAGAAACUUCAGUGACAGUACUGAUUUAAAUGUCGAUUCUGCAAUUGGGUCCUGUUUGGAAUCGCAGGUACAAGAAAAUCAAAGCAUGCUUCGAACUCUAGAGACUGUCGUUAACCGUUUGCAGUCAGAGAUUGAUGGUAAACACUCUGAAGUUUUGGUUCUGAGGCAAAAAUUGAACAAGAUUCAGAAAUCAAAUUUGGUGCUAUCGAAGAGAUUAAAUGGUGCUUCGAAUUCUUCAGCUGAGGUAUUGUUGUCAGUUAGUGUGUUUGAUUCUGUACUACGUGAUACUUGUAGAUCACUGAAUAGAUUUACCAAGCUUUUGAUGGGUUUGAUCAAGAGAGCCGGGUGGGAUUUGGAUUUGGCAGCAAAAUCGGUUCAUCCUGAUAUUGAUUAUGCGAAAAGGGGCCACAUUAGGUAUGCAUUUUUGUCGUAUGUUUGUUUGGGAAUGUUUCAGGGUUUCGAUUUGGAAGGGUUUGGGUUGGGUGGGAGUGAAAUCGUGUGCAAUGGCAAUGGUUUGAGUUCCCAGAAGAAUAAUUCAUUGAAGCAAUUAAUCGAGCAUGUAUCGGUUGUUCCAAUGGAGGUCCUUGGUAGAAACCCAAAUUGUGAAUUUUCAAAAUUUUGCGAGAAGAAGUAUCAACAGAUUAUUCAUCCUACAAUGGAAUCAUCAAUUUUUAGCAAUUUGGAGCAGAAUGAAGCCGUGUUGUGUUCAUGGAGGUCAUUGGGUGUUUUUUAUGAAGCAUUUGUUAACAUGGCUAGCUCAGUAUGGGUGCUCCAUAAGCUGGCUUUUUCAUUUGAUCCUGCAGUUGAGAUUUUUCAGGUGGAAAGAGGGGUUGAAUUUUCAAUGGUGUAUAUGGAAGAUGCUGCAAGAUGUCCCUUGCCAGGAAAUGAUAGGCCAAAAGUCGGUUUCACAGUGGUGCCUGGGUUUAGAAUUGGGAGAACAGUAAUCCAGUCUCAAGUGUAUCUAAGUGGCACAAAAUGUACAGAGCUGUAGUUGGUGGUUCCAUGAUGUAAAAGAAUGAGUUAAUGUUAACUAAUGAGGCUGCUCCUCAUGAGGUUUGGUAUAGUUUGGCUCAAAGGACAUGCCUUCUAAAUCUGUUUUGGUUUGGAUUUUAAUCACAGUGUCAAGAUAUCUAAAGUGCUUGGGUUGUUGUUCAACUGCAUUGAUACAAGAAGGGUCCAUGUUUGAGAAUUGAGAAUCAAGAAGGUAUCUCAGUUGUGCUUUUCAAGAAAGAAUUUAUGGAGUACAUGGUUGAAGAAUUCCACGUGUUGUCCUGAUACUCUGGUCUGAUAUGGUAUGGCACCACUUUGGCUAUCUUGUUAUAUGUAACCGCGACUGGUUUGUGAUUUUUCUUUUCUUUUGGGUAGGGUUCUCUAUUGAUUCACAUGUAGAGAUUGUAAAGCACCUUUUGUUUCUUUACUGGUUGGUGGGCAGGAGGAGGGGGUGGGUUAGGAAGUUGGGUUCUUCUAACACUUAAAUACAUCACCUAAUUGUGUAUCUAUACUUCAAGAUGUUUUGAAAAAUAAAAAAUGGAGUGCUUUUUAGUUCCAA